GGGCGGGGCCGGGCCGGGCCGGGCCGUGCGGUGCCUGAGCCGCUGGGCGGCUAGGCGCUCGGCUGCAGUGGCUGAGAUUGAGGCCGAGGCCGAGGAGAUGGGGGACCGAGGCGGCGCGGGCGGCUCUCGGCGCCGCAGGACGGGUCCACGGACGCCGAGCGGGGGCAGCGGCGGUGGCGGGACCGCGGGCGGCCAGACUGAGGAGGAACUAAGGGCGGCGGCGGCGGCGGGCGAGGGAGCAGACGCAGGCGGCGGGGGGGACGCCCCGGCCCAGACCCCGACCCCGGCCGCUGCCCCUGUUCAUGCCCGGACACCGGGGGGGGAAGGAGACGGAGAGGGCGUGGGCCCCCCGGACUUAAGGUGCCACCGGUUGCAGGAAUCUUUGUUCAGCUCAGCUAGUGGAUUCAGCAACUACCGAGGUAUCCUGAACUGGUGUGUGGUGAUGCUGAUCUUGAGCAAUGCUAGAUUAUUUUUGGAAAACAUCAUCAAGUACGGCAUUCUAGUGGACCCAAUCCAGGUGGUGUCGUUGUUCCUGAAGGAUCCCUACAGCUGGCCCUCCUUGUGCCUCAUUAUAGUAGCCAAUGGGUUUGCAUUAGCUGCCUUCCAGGUGGAGAAGCGUCUGGCUGUGGGUGCUAUCACAGAGCGGGUAGGGCUCCUGCUGCACAUGGCCAAUCUGGUCACCAUGCUCUGCUUUCCUGCAGCUGUGGUCUUUAUGGUCAAAUCUAUUACACCAGUGGGCUCAGUGUUUGCUCUGGGUGCCUACACUGUCCUUUUCCUCAAGAUGUUCUCCUACUAUCAUGUCAACCUGUGGUGCAGGCAGUACAGGGCCAAGAACCAAGCAGCCUCAGGAACCAAAAAGGCCAAUGGGGAUGUGGUAUCCAGUGGGGUGAAGUACCCUGCUAAUUUGACUUACCGAGAUCUGUACUACUUCCUGUUUGCCCCCACUCUCUGCUAUGAGCUCAACUUCCCUCGAUCCCCCCGGAUCCGGAAACGCUUCCUGUUACGCAGGCUCUUUGAGAUGCUCUUCUUCACUCAGCUACUGGUGGGGCUCAUCCAGCAGUGGAUGGUCCCCACCAUUCAGAACUCCAUGAAGCCAUUCAAGGAUAUGGACUAUUCCCGUAUCAUCGAACGGCUUUUGAAAUUAGCAGUGCCCAACCACUUUAUCUGGCUCAUUUUUUUCUAUUGGUUCUUCCACUCCUGCCUCAAUGUUGUGGCUGAACUCAUGCAGUUUGGUGACCGAGAGUUCUACAGAGACUGGUGGAACUCAGAGUCAAUCAUUUACUUUUGGCAGAACUGGAAUAUUCCUGUCCACAAAUGGUGCAUCAGACACUUCUACAAACCAGUGUUAAAAAUGGGCGUCAAUAGGUGGAUGGCUAAGAUUGGUGUGUUCCUGGCUUCAGCCUUUUUUCAUGAGUACCUUGUGAGUGUCCCCCUCAGGAUGUUCCGGCCUUGGGCCUUCACUGGCAUGAUGGCACAGAUCCCUCUGGCCUGGCUCGUAGGCCGAUUCCUCCAGGGGAACUAUGGCAACGCAGCAGUGUGGUUGUCUUUGAUCAUCGGGCAGCCUGUGGCUGUGCUCAUGUAUGUCCAUGACUACUACGUGCUCAACUACGAGGCCCAGCCGACCCCCUAAGCCCCAGGCCUGGCAUUGUUUUGCGGAAACUGGACUUCUCCAGGAACAUUAAGGGACAGGGCAGGGUGACCCCUGCUCUUACAGCUGUGUUGCAGCUACCUCCAUGGCACUUUAUGAAAGAUUUGUCCUUUGUCUAAGGGCUUUGAUUCUCCAGGUUCUGUCCUUAUGAAGUGGGAAUGCAGAAUUUCUCCUAUCCAUCUCGGGUUUGCACUCUUGGGGUUCCUGUCUUGUCUCUCCCAUCCCUGAGUCCUCCCUGUGAAGGGGAAAGGAGUCAUCUUGUUGCUGCAGAGUGUCCCACCAUGCCUCCUCUUUCCUUCUUGGGGCCCUUUUCCAUGUUGGGGAGGGACAGAACCCUCUUGGCCCUAUAUGGGUUUGGUUUCUUCUGGCUCCCUUCCCCCUUGGUACAGGGCUGCUUUCCUCCUGGGGUUUCUGUCUACCCCCAACCCUCAUUUCCCCACUGACCUCAGAAUGUGUGGGCCUAAACGGCUCUGUCCCCAGCCCGAGGUGGAGGGAGUUGGGGGUCCUCUUUCCAGGACUGGUCCUGAUAGUGACUUUUUAAUGAUUCUGCCCGUAUGACCAAGUCUGUCAUUAAAGCAAUGUCCAAAGUGA